UGCUCCCUGCUGCCAGAUUGUUCCUGCUGUUCUGGGGGUGUUUGUUUGUUUGUUACUAGACCGGGAAACGUUCUAAAGUGCACAUUCAGGCGCGUUUAGAGUCACUGACAGUUAAGUUUCCGUUUCGCUUAUUAUUUGCCUAUUUAGAUUCUAGUGUCUAUUUCCGAAAACUCGGCAAGAAGCAGUAUAUCGGGAUACGUUGAAAAGCGGGGAGGCCACAGCCCAGCCAUGUGGUGCGGGGAUUGGAGCCAAUUGCCACAGGAGUCAUUGCGCUUCCUGACGUCUUCUUCACAGAGUAGCCUUGAGGAUGCCAAGAGUCUGCUUUAUACAUUAGGAACUCCUGAUGAUGGAAACAAUCACCUCGUUCGCGUUGCCUGCCUGGGUCCCUAUCUCUUUGGCUCAACGUUCUUCAGCAAAGAGUGCGAAAUAUGGGCCAGGAGUUCCGGAAUAUACUUUCACCCCUCAAAGCUUGUGGAUAGUACUAUCAGUACGGAAAUUCGAGAAGCCAUCCUGGUCCUCGACACAUUGGCAUACCACGUCUCAUUUGUCCUUGUUGUUUGCAAUGUACGCGAGUAUGGGCACUCCAACGUGGCACACAUGGCUGAGAAGCACAAAGGAUUUCUCACAGACUUUGACAAAGAGACAAUUUACUCAAACGUUCGGUCAAUGGUGGAAUCGUCGGACUUCUUCCGGUUAUUUCGGAAAAAAUUGACAGUAUCAUCACUAAGAGAAGAACAGAUACUCGGAUGUUUCAUGAUUGCCCUGAAAGUGUCACUCGCCCAUUGCAACGGUGCUCUGGACACCAUGUUGACAUACAUUAAGCGGGACUGUGAACAGAAUGUAGAGGGAAGCCAUGCAGACGAACUCAAGAAAUGCGGGAAUCAGAAGUACAAGGACAAAGCAUACCAGGAGGCAUGCGAAUUCUACACGAAGGCAAUUGCAGAAAUGCGUUACAACCACUUCCUGUACAGCAAUCGAGCACUGAGUGCGCUUCAGCUGCAGAAGUAUAAAGAGGUUGAGCUGGACGCCCGCCGUGUUGUAAUCCUCAGCCCAAAUUUCGAAAAGGGUUACUUCAAGAUGGCGCAAGUCUACGAAAGCUUGAAACAGAAUAGCCGAGCCAAGAAGGUUAUCGAGUACUACACCAAGCGUUGGAACUUUUUGUCCCUUGACUUCAAUCGCGAAAUCCUCGACCUUCACAAGAAGCUGACUGAGGCAGGCAAGUGUUCAAUCGCACCUGCUUUUUGGGCGCUGGGGACGGGCACUACUUUUUUUCUUUUCUUUCCUUUUUUUCCCCCCUUUUUUUUUCUUCCAGGAGAAAAGACGAAAAAUGGAAAAAUGGAUACUACUAAAAACAGUCAACCAGCAACAAACAAGCAAAAGGCAAAACCUGCUGUUCCAGACUUAGUGUCGGACUCGGACUCCUCCGAUGAAGCGGCUCCUCAACCUACAACGCAAUCCAAACCACCCCCUACUCAGCAGAUGCCACCUGUUAGUGACAAGCAGACCAAGGACAUUUUAAAAAAAUCGUGUGAUGACCUUAUAAAUGGCCUGUAUAAGGUAGCAUUGCAAGGUUUCAAGACAGUGCUGGCUCAAAAGCAAAAUCUCACCGAGCUGGACGUGGUACUUGUGGAAUACGCAGCCGGACAUGCAUUGCUUGGAAUGGGAGCCCUGGAGGAUUUGAAAAACUCGGUCGAAUAUUUUCUCGGCAUCAUCAACAAUCACAAGGACAUUGUGUUUCCUCUGGCGUACUAUGGUGUCACAAAGGCCCUGGUCAAAAUGAACAGGUUCUCAGAGGCGCUGCCACACAUUGAAAAAUGUUUGAGUAUCCUUCAAAAAGGUAUACAGUUCAACGAGAACCUGCUAUGGCCCGAGACGAAAACUAAGGUCGACAAUGCGAAGAGGUCACAACUUCAGAUUGCGAUGGAGGAGAUGCAGGCUCUGUGCCGGGCACCGCCAAAGUGGGAUGCCAUGUGUUGCUACGAGGCGUGCCCGUUGCAGAAGGCCAUUUACUAUAGCGAUCCCGACUUCAAGGGCUUCCAGCAGCUGCACUGCGCUUCCAAGUGCCUUAUUCAGUACCACCCUGCCUGCUGGAGGGAGUAUCGAGAGUCCUGCAACCUCAGCGAAAAGGGGUUCCUUGGCGAGGCGUGCCCAACUCCGGACUGUUGCGGUGUUGUCAUGAAAGUUGAGGCCAUUGAGAAAGAUGGCACCGUAGGGAAGCAGUUUGUCCAUACCCAGCUGCUUGUCGAGACUGCGCCAAAGCAGAAGAAAACAAAGAAGGAGAAGAAACUGGAACAGCGAGAGCAGAAGAAACAGCAACGCCGUGCCACUGAGCCGGGCACCAAGCAGUCGGCGAACGAGAGAGAGGAGGAUACCACUUCAGGGCAGAGCAGCGUUGUCUGCGAGUCGUCGGGUGCCGCAGUUGCCGAAGACGUGCCAAAGGAACCCUCCGUCGAGCGGGCAAAGGCACCCAAGGCACAACCAAAAGCGCCCUCUGAACCAGCACCGCCUCCUGCUUCCGAGAAUGCAGAACCUGCUCAUCCUUUGCAUGGUGAUGCUCCGUACGUACUGAAAAAAGAUGAAGACAUUGAUGAGGAUAUUCACGUGGAUGGGAGAGCCAAGAAGUGGAAGAAGAAAAGAAGCAAGCCAGUGCGUGUCUUGGAGCUGGAUGCCGGCGACUUCCUUUAUUCAGAAUAUAAGGAAAGAAUCAAGAGGCUGGCCGAGUACAAGAAUGCUGUUGAAGAGCAUGGUGACUGGAGGACUUUCUGCCUAAGGCAGAAAGAGAUGAUCCCAGAGCUUGACCCCGAUGCUCCUUUCUACAUUCCCGAGGGACUGAGGAACAACGAGGCCGCCCUAGAGGCAGUCCUUCAACAUCACGGCAGCAUUUAUGGAGCGGACAGCGCUGAUGUGAACGAGACCAUCUACCAGCUGUUUGAGGACCUAAUUGAGAGCAAAGGCCCCAUUUCAAUUCAUGACAAGCUGCUGGCAGAGGAGGUGAUGGCCUUCCCCGAGCUUGCCCGGCAGACGGUGACGAAGGCAGGUGGCCUGCAGAGCUUCCUGCUUCGGUCACUGCGCUUCACUUUUGACGGCGACAUGGUCUACACCACAGGCAUGCGACCCCGGGGUGCCAACUUGUACAAGCCAGAUGAGAUAUCACUCCCCGAGGACGGCUCCGAUUAUGAGGAAGAUGAGUGCGAGGAGGAGAGUGACGAGGACGAAGAAAGCGAUGAGGGAGAGUCCAACGAAUGCGACGUGUCGCAGUACAUCGAAACAAUGGGCCAAGCUGAGGAAGCACCUGCCCCUACCCCAGCAGACACCGCUGGUGGCGAUACGACACCCAACCCUAGUGCAGUGCUUAUGCAAGCCAUUUCGACGUGCCAUCUCAAUCCCAAUGCCAAGGCCUUCGAGCCGCCUCUCGAAACCCUCGCUGCAGCUUCUCAGAGUGGCGACAUGCAGCAGCAGAAUCCUUCCAUCGGAAAGAAGGUGGCGGCGACGGCAACACGUACGGACGCAGGUCGCGAGGUGGUGGUCCAAAAACUUCUGGUUGCACUGCCGCCAAAGCAGCUAGGCGAGUCUCUUGUUCUGGCUGUAAAUUCCUUUCGUGGUCCGCUGUCGUCGAAGACGUUGGCCACGAUAAACGACGGACUGGAGCACUGCAAGCUGUCCAACAGGGUGGCGGUGCAGGACUUUGGCGUCCAAGUCGAGCAGCCCGUAAAGUACUUGGAGGAACGGGAUGCCUUGCUCGAAAGGUGUGAAGAGCUCUCGUGCGAGAACUCCAGGCUCAAGGAGAAGCUGGAGAGUGCCUUGGACUACAGCGCCCAGAUGGCCAGGAAACACAAUUUGGAAUCCAACCAGAACAAGGAGAAGAUGGAAGACUUGAAGAACGAACUGCAGACCACGAAGCAGAGCGCGAAGAAGUUCAAACUGGACGCGGAAGUCGAGAUUAAGAAGUUGCAGCAGGAACGACUCAAGCUCAAGGAGGAGAACAAGCUUCUCAAGGCCAGCAGGAAUGACGACAUCGACGUGAAAGAAACUUUGAACAAGACUAUCACAGAAUUUGGUGAGCUGAAGUCUAAAAAUGAAGACCUGGAAGAAACGUGCAGGGUGCUUGAAGAGGCAUCCGACAUCGCUCUGGACAGGGCGAAGCGUGCAGAGAUACGCAUAUUGGAGACUGCUCACAACUGGGGCCUGGAGAGGUUUGAACGAGCCAAGAAGCAAGCUCAGAAAGCUUUGCAGGAUGCGGAAGGCUUGAAAAGCUCUCUGGAUCCCAGCGGUCUUGCCGAGUUGUCACGAAAUGAGAAGCUGGCUGAGCUGUACGUCUUGGAGUGGUCCAAGGCCUACGAUCAGUUUAAGAGAAAAGUUCAGGACCACAUGCAUAAAGUGGAAAACGGCCAUGCCCUGGCUGACCUCGAUGUGAUCAACUUGCCUGCCAAGCCCGAUUUUGAAAUCGUGAUGCCAAAGACGCCGCUACUCCCGCUUCCGAAGCAGCCGACCCACGUGCCAGCUUACUCGCUGGUGCCAGACAUUGCCUCGGCAGCCAGGCCUAAGGUGCCGAGCGUCCAGACCUCAGGCCCCCUCUUUUCCCAACCCCCUGGCAUGAUGCAGCCUCUUGCUUCGUUGCCCACAGCCAUGUACACCCUGGCAGCGGUGCCAACAGUAGCCAGGGCCAUGCCCAUCGAUCCAGCAACCAGGGCCCCGCUCAGUGCUGCAGCCCCCAAGCCUGCCCACGCGGGCGUGACCCCUCCUCCAGGCCUUGGCCAACGCUUUCUCGCAGGUGCAGCUCCUGUAUCUACGGCCAGUCUGGGCGAAACUGCAUCGUUUGCUGGCACACAGGCAAACACAAUUCCAGGACUUCCCGGUGCCAGCCGACCUGCUGAAAAGCAUACUGUCCGUCCUACAGGGGAUACAGCAUUUGCCAAUCCACUACCACAAUAUGCGCAUUGGCGAAACCCAGGACUUGUAGUACAGAUCUCGCAAGCGAUGGAUUGGAUAUUCCAUGAUGGGCAUCACCACGAUGCCUGUGUGCGUCGCGGUUUGUUGAAAGGCAUUAUUCUGAAUGAGUAUGGAUGCAUUACGCAUAUUCGGAGGGGGGCGAAAUAUUUGCAAGCAUUAAACUUGGUGACAAAUUAUCUGAUACAGUUAAACCUCGAUAUAAGUAUUCGUACAUCCCUAGCAAUUAUCUAUAAGAUUUGGGCACCCCACGAGGCACCUGCUCAAUCGCAGCGAAGCGAGAAGCUCAUGCGCAAGCUCAUGGAAAGAUAUCCCAGUUGCUCUCGUGAGGACAUCCAGGCGGCACUCAAGCGUGUUCACAAAGCAAAGAGCUUCAAAGGGUUAACCAUUGCAGACAUCUUCAAGGCCACAUCAGAAGUUUUAGAUGAGACAUUCCCACAGGCUCGGGCGGCCGACCUCCAGGCAGAGGAGGACCACAAGGUGCCAGCCAAAACGUUGCCAUUUGCGGCUCCACAGCAGCCUAACAAGCCACGGCUGGUGCUAAAGGCGAUGCGGCCCAGCCAGACGGCCAUGUCCCAGCCACAGCCGCCGCCGCCUGUGCAGCAGCAGCAGAAGACGUGGACCAGCCACCAUGAGCCGCAGCACUCAUGGAACGGCCGCGCUACUCAGUGCAGCAUCUGCCUGGAGGACCUCAAUGGCCUCAACAGGGAGAUGCGCACCUCUUGCGGGCACUGCUUCCACGAAAGGUGCCUGCAAGAAUGGUUCAAGACGGACCACACUUGUCCCAACUGCCGUGCACACACUCUGUCAGACAAAGACUUCCCAACAUUGGGAUAAUGACCAUCCUGAAGGGAGCCUAUUUUUUUACCGACCUGGUUUUGUACAUUUAUUGCACAUAAGUUGCAAUAAUAACAUUUGUGGCCUUGCAAGUUGCAAUAAAUGGCUUUUUUUUUUUACAA